UAUUCCUGCCAUGCGGGGUGGGACCAUUUCAGGAGACUGCUAGAGUAUGGAGAGAGGUUGAGUUUACAGACAGAUCGCUGACUGCCUUCCCUGGAGUGGGGGACGAUUUGGGGAGAUUUUUAAGGAGCCCCAUUAGCAGGUGUACAACGCCAGCUCCCUCCUUGGGGGGCGGCCUGGGGGCUACCAUGGCCCCCAACCACCUGUCAGUGCGGGAAAUGAGGGAAGAUGAGAAGCCCCUGGUGCUGGAGAUGCUGAAGGCUGGUGUAAAAGACACGGAAAACCGUGUGGCCCUUCACGCUCUGACACGUCCUCCAGCCCUUCUCCUCCUGGCUGCAGCCAGCAGUGGACUGCGCUUCAUCCUGGCCUCCUUCGCCCUGGCCCUCCUGCUGCCCGUGUUUCUGGCUGUAGCGGCUGUGAAGCUGGGUCUGCGAGUUCGAUGGGGCUCUCUGCCUCCACCAGGCGGGCUGGGGGGUCCCUGGGUGGCUGUCCGGGGAUCCGGCGAUGUGUGUGGAGUCCUGGCUCUGGCCCCUGGUGCCAACUUGGGGGACGGAGCCCGAGUUACCCGCCUCUCUGUCUCUCGAUGGCACCGUCGCAGGGGCGUGGGCCGGAGGCUGCUGGCCUUUGCUGAGGCCCGAGCCCGAGCAUGGUCUGGGAGUGUGGGGGAGCCUCGGGCCCGGCUCGUGGUCCCAGUGGCUGUGGCCGCUUGGGGUGUGGCAGGGUUAUUGGAGGCCUGUGGCUACCAGGCAGAGGGAGGCUGGGGCUGCAUGGGCUAUAUGCUAGUUAGGGAAUUCAGCAAAGACCUGUGAUUGGAGACCAUGCCCAUUGGGUAGAUGGGCAGAGAACCAGCACCUAAAGAACACCUACUGUGUGCCGUGCACUUUACAUCCCGUCCCGCAGUGUCCACUCUAGUCUGCUGGGCUGAUAGUGAGGCACCAAGGUUGAUGGACUUACAUGCUCACAGUGGACCUGCCAGAUGCAAUGGGGACUCUAAACUCAAAUAGAACAAAUUCCUUCUUGGUCUUCUGGGA